AUGUGAUGCAGAUAAGGACAAUUAUGUCAACUCUGAUGAAUUACUGAAUUGCACCUCUGGUUCGUUUUUCUUGGCCCAUUCUGAGCAGGAAAAUGAACUGACAAGGGCACUGUGUAUAGAUGCUAUAGUAGAUGUAGCAGACAACAAUCAUGACUUGACGCUAGAUUUUGAAGAGUUUACAAGAAUGCUGAACCCAGACUUCCGGCCUGCUCAUAAAUUAUGCUUGUUAGAUGGAAUGAAAUACGACGAUGGAGAAGACGUGUAUGUUGAUGGGAAUCGCUGUGUAGUUGAUAGCCGAGUCAACAUGUUUCCAGAUACAUCAAAGGACAGGAACAGUGAAUUUGGUGGUAAAGAUUUUGACAAUUACACUGAUUUGGUGGAAGAAGAUUAUGAUUUGUCUGUGGAAAAUACUGAAGAAUAUUUAAUUGAAGAGGAAGAUGAAUACCUAGAAGAGCAUUUUGACGAGCUACUAGAUAAACUAAGGCAGCACCGCAAGCAGGAGCACCACAACUGGCUGUAUAGAGAAUAG